AUGGAGAAAGGGAAAGGAGUUAUGGGGUCCGGCCGAAGAUGGGCUGUUGAUUUCUCCGAUAAUUCCACCGCUCUUUCGUCCCGUGACAUCCGCGAUCCCCCCGGCUUCACUCGUGCCUCUGUGGAUCAGGACGAUUCGACUGUGAGUCGCCAAAAGAAGGAUGCUGAAUCCAAUUGGAAAGCUCAGAAAGCUUGGGAAGUGGCACAAGCACCAUUCAAGAAUUUGCUAAUGAUGGGCUUCAUGAUGUGGAUGGCUGGAAAUACAGUGCACCUCUUUAGCAUUGGUAUCACUUUUUCUGCACUUUGGCAGCCUAUUAGUGCUCUUCAAGGUGUUGGGAAGGUUUUUGAGCCUUAUAAAGACGGUAAAGUAGAACUUCUUGGGCCUAAGUUGCUUUUCAUUGCACUUAAUUUGGGUGGUUUAGCACUUGGUGUUUGGAAGCUUAACACUUUGGGGCUUCUUCCAACACAUGCAUCGGAUUGGGUGUCAUCCUUACCCCCCGCUCAGGAGGUAGAGUAUUCGGGUGGAGGCAUUCCACUAUAAUGACAUGUUUGUUCAUAUUUGGUUCUGUGAUCAAUUUCUGGAGGUGAUGAGAGGACAUAAGAAAGGCUAGUGGGACUUUUUUCUUUUGAAGAUGGAGAACACUUUCAGAUUUUUUUUAUCUUAAAUUUUAUGAAACAUGUAACUGUAUUGAUUACGAACAUGGGUUUAUUUUA